AUGGGAGGGGUGGAAAGUCAUUUAUAUCAAUUAUCACAAAGAUUAAUUCAACGCGAACACAAAGUUAUAAUAAUCACUCAUUCUUAUGGAAAUCGAACCGGAGUUCGAUAUCUUACUAAUGGAUUAAAAGUAUAUUAUGUACCACAUGUGAUAUUAUAUUCCGAGGCAUCAAUGCCAACAUUUUAUGGCUUUUUCCCAAUAUUUCGAAAUAUUGUGAAACGGGAAAAAAUUGAUAUAGUACAUGGUCAUCAAGCAUUUUCUGCAUUAUGUCAUGAAGCAAUAUUACAUUCUCGUACAAUGGGAAUGAAGGCUUGCUUUACUGAUCACAGUUUGUUUGGAUUUGCUGAUGCCAGUAGUAUAUUUAUGAAUAAAAUGUUGAAAUUUACUCUGAGUGAUCUUGAUCACGUUAUUUGCGUUAGUCAUACAAGUAAAGAAAAUACGGUGCUUAGAGCGGCAUUGAAUCCUCAAAUGGUAUCAGUUAUACCAAAUGCCGUUGUUGCUUCGCAAUUCAAACCGGAUCCCGGUGCACAGGAUCCUAAUUUCAUUACUAUUGUUGUUGCAAGUAGGUUGGUUUAUAGAAAAGGCUUGGAUUUGUUGGUAGCUGCAAUUCCAAGAAUAUGUCAAAUGCAUCCUAAAGUUAAAUUCAUCAUUGGUGGAGAUGGUCCAAAGAGAAUAGAUUUAGAACAAAUGAGAGAGAAAUAUUUACUUCAUGAUCGUAUCGAAUUACUUGGUGCAGUAAUGCAUCAUGAAGUGAGAAAUGUUUUAACUAAAGGACAUAUAUUUUUAAAUACAAGUUUAACGGAAGCAUUUUGUAUCGGAAUUGUUGAAGCUGCUUGUUGUGGAUUGCUCGUUGUAAGCACUAAAGUUGGAGGAGUGCCAGAAGUACUUCCGAAACACAUGAUAAUUUUUGCUAAACCUGAGGAAGAUGAUUUAGUAAAUGCGGUAGCAAGAGCCAUUGAGAUGAUUAGGCUUAAAGAAGUUAUACCAAUCAAAUUUCAUGAUGAAAUUAAAGAAAUGUAUAGUUGGGUAAAUGUUGCUGAACGAACUGAAAAAGUUUAUGAUACAAUAUGGCAAAUGAGAAUUCCACCAUUAAUGGAAAGAUUAAGAAGGUAUUAUGGAUGCGGAGUAUGGGCAGGUAAAAUAUUUUGUAUAUUGGUAGCGAUAGAUUAUCUUGUAUGGAAAUUCUUAGAAUGGAUAUUUCCUGAACAAGAUAUAGAAAUUGCCUCCGCUUUUCCUUAUCAAAAAUAUAAAAAAAUGUGUCAGAUGGCAGAUAAAGAAGUAGUUAAUGAAUAA